AUGCCGACACGGGACGAGUUUACUGUCGGAUACAUUUGUGCGAAUGGAAACACCUUGACCAGCUGCGUCAUCUCGCUCGAUGAAGAACACCCACCCCUCCCGCAGUAUCGACAUGACAACAACGCCUACCAACUUGGCAAGAUCGGCUCACACAAGGUCGCCAUGUGCUGCCUGCUGGGCCAAAGCAGAUACCAGACGGAGAGCGCGGCGGUCGACAUGAUGCGGAGCUUCCCUCGCAUCGGUGAUCCUGGUCAACGGCGAUGCCGGUGGCGUGCCGCGUGA